CCACAGUCGUUUUUUUGCGAGUCCCUCGUUGUCGUUCGCUGAUACCCUCUCCCUCCUGGUACACUAUUUAUUUGUGUGCACGCUCGCUCUCGUCUAUAAUUUUUAUACCAAUAUUUGCUACCCCUUAAUACUUGUACUUCUUUAAUCGAUACCCACAAUGCUAUUCGAAAUUCCCUCCACUAUUGUCUUCGCUCUCGCCCUUGCCGGCUUCACUUCUGCUCAGACCUGGCAAGUCGACCACAGCUGUGAUGCUUUCAAGUGAGUUUCUUGGUCUGGAUAUAUUAGGUCGAGUUUGUUAUAGCUAACACGUGGACAGCGUUGUUGGUGUGUAGUAGGAAUCACAAUUUAUGUUUGAAAGAAACAAGGGCAGAGGACUAAAUAUUCCUAUAGAGACUUGUAUUUCCCAGUACAGCCCGCGCGUUUCUGGUUGCUCUCAAAAUGAUUACUCGUGUUUGUGUGUUGAGUACACGAACCUUUUGACCUGUUAUAACAAUUGCCCAAAGGAUACCAACUCGUCUGGUAUUAAGAGCAGUGUUACCUCCUUCUGUAAUGCAGCGGCGGCAGCUUCUUCAGCGUCUGCUUUGACAAACACAGCCAAGUCAACUUCCGGUACGGGUAGUUCCACUGCAGCCUCUUCAGCGCCCACUGGUUCUGGAUCUCCGACUACCACUAAAGCUCCGUCUUCCUCCAGCUCGUCAUCCUCUGGUUCUGGCUCCUCCAAUGCCGCGCUUGCCCUUACACCUGUUGGUACUUACGGCGCUUUGGCUGGUGUCAUGGCAAUUGCUGGUAUCUUCUUGUAGAUUCUGUGAGUUGGAGUUGAGCGGUAGUGUCGCAGGGGUGAGAGGGUGAAUGUGCGUUUCGAGUGAAGUGAAUGAGGAGGGUUAACUGGUGUUGUAAGCAAUGAUAUACCUAAUGGGAGGGAGCCGGAGAUGAGGGCGUAGUGAUAACGUGUGGUGACUUUGCUGUUAAAUUCAUUCAACCAUA